AUGACAGUGGCAACUAGAGAUAACAGGCUCCAGGCGGAAGUCGACAAGAUCGAGAAAUGGUGGAAAUCUGAAAAACAAAGCAGGCUUCAGCGGCCUUACUCGGCCCUCGAUGUGGCCAGAAUGAGAAACUCCAUUGAACUAAACCAUCAUGUGUCCUCACAGCAAGCCAUCAAGUUGUGGAAGUUAUUCGAGGAGAAAGUUGCCAAGCAAGAGCCCUUGCUCACUUACGGUGCUGUUGACCCAAUUCUGCUGUCCCAGCUAUCCAAGGCAGGACUUGAGGUCGGUUAUGUCAGUGGGGCCGUGUGCGGUUUUUCCAACGUAGCAGAGCCGUCAAUGGAUACGGCCGACUACCCCUGGGACACGGUUCCCAACACAGUGCAAAAACUUGUCAACUCGCAGUUAUGGCAUGACCGGCGCCAGAACCAUUUGAGGUCAUUGAUGACCCCUGAGGAACUUGCUGUUACACCAGAAAUUGACUAUUUAGUGCCACUCAUUGCCGAUGGCGAUAUGGGUUUUGGCAGCACCACGGGGAUCAUGAAACUCACCAAGAAGUUUGUGGAGGCAGGCGUGGCUAUGUUCCAUCUUGACGACCUGGCCAUCGGAAUGAAGCGGUUCACGAUCGGCGAAGGCAGAACUGUUGUGCCUACGUGCGAGUAUCUUAAAAGGCUUACGGCCGCGCGGUUCCAGCUGGACCUCAUGGGCGCAGAGACGUUGCUCAUGGGCCGUGCCGACUCGCUGCACGCCGAGUACAUUACCUCGGUUAUUGAUCCACGUGACCAUGGUUAUGUACAAGGUGUGACAAAUCCUGAGUGCGAGCCUCUGUUGGAGGCAAUGGUGAAGGCACAGCGGGAAGGCCGCGACUACAAAAGCACGCGCAAAGCGUGGCUGGAAAAGGCGGGUCUGAUGACUUUUGACGAGGCGGUCCAGCAGGUCGCCACGCCAGAGGAGUAUGAAGCAUACAUGGCUCUGUUCAAGAAUUCCAAGUUCAAGAGUAUAACCGAGAGAAGGGCCCAUGCUGCAAAGACUGUUUCCAAGCCAGUCUUCUUUGACUGGGAAGCUGCUCGGUCCUCGGACGGCCAAUACUUCUUCAAGCACACGCUGGAACACGUUAUUGACCGUGCCAUUGCCGCAUUACCUGUGACAGACACCACCUGGGCUCGCAUGGACGCUCCAAAAUGGAGCGAGAUUGUUGAGUUCCACGAGAAAUUGCGGGCAAUUGAUAACCGUAGAGCAUACGGGUUUGGUUAUACUGGCUUCACUGAGGAGCAGUUCAAAAACUUGCACUGGGAGCUUGCCAAGUUGGGCAUUGUAUUCCAGACGCAGCCAAUCUACGCGUGCCAGGGUCUGAACAUGGUGAGCCUUGAGUUUGGCAAGAUGUUCAAGCAGGAGGGAAUCUAUGGUUACGACCGUGACAUAAUUCAGUUCUGCAAGAAAAACAACACCGACGGAUUUGAGACUUCGUGGUGCGGCGCCAAACUGUCGGAUGACCAGAUGUUUGCAGCCGACUCGCUGGACGUGACUUUGCCGUUCUGA